AUGUGCGCCUUAUCAUCAACAUCUUCGCCAGCCUCGGAGUUGUCGCUCAUGUAUGCGAGUCUAGAGGAUGUCGCGCAAGACCUGGACACGGUGAUCCAGUCCCGAUCAUCGCAAGGCGAGUGGACGUGGGAGGCAGCAGACGAGCAAGAGCAAGAGGGUUGGACUGACUUUGUCCACGAUCCAUCUUCGAAAGCCACCAUUUUCGGCUUGACAGGAAAAGUACAGGUGAUGCACGGCGUAUAUCUGUCUUUCUCGCUUCGUUCGGGCUCUCAUGCUCACGAGACCGGAAAAUGUCACGGCGCGGUAGUGAAUGUUUCCGCCCCAACGCUUGCACCGAAUCAAGUCUCGAAGCUCAAGAAGGCACUUAUCGAUCGAUCCAGAGAGUGGGAACAAGAGGGUAUCGAAACGUUGUUCCUAUUCGAUCUUUUGACCACCGCACAGGAAUUCACUGCAGAUCUUGCUGACUCAGGUCAACUCACAGACGCCUCACAAGAACCAGAGCUACCAUCUUCAGAGACCAACAGUGUUUCUCAGAUCGAGCUGUACCGCGCCCUCUUCUGGUCGCAUCACCUCAAGGCACCCUCCAAACUCAAAGAUUUCAAUAAUUGGUGUCCCGAACUUGGCAUUUGGGGCAUCGUACGCGUCGGCUAUCCAGGAUACCUCUUGUUUGAAGGCGAGUCCUCAGCAGUUGAAGAGAUGGUCAGGAGAGUCAAGGGGCUCCAAUGGCACGCUCUGCAGCUGCGUGUGGAAACAAAGUGGGUUUUGCAAAAGCAGAAGGAGGUGGAGCAACGCAGUUUGCUGAAGCACGCAUUGCUGUCGUGCCCUCUGGCGAAGGAUCACCCGAACAACGUGGUAGUAGGUGACGGUAAGGUUCGUACGGGCUGUCAUGUCAUCGAGAGUCUAGGGGAGCUGGUGAAGCGUAUGAGAGAGUGCGGAUUGGACGAAGAAGAGAUUGAAGGAGCGCUGGGGAUCCGAAUGAGCAGCGCAAGCGCUCGUUAA